CGCACACGGACACGCACACGGACACGCACACGGACACGCACACGCAGCGCGGCCCCGCAGCGCGGCUCUGCGGCCAAACCCCACCAACAAAGACCCCUCCGCCCCCCUCGCCGCCGCCCCCCGCGGGAUGUAGCCGGGCCGGGAGCCCCAGCGAGGCAGCGGCCCCGCCGCUCCGUGCCCCGCAGCGAGGCCGGGAGGCGGCGGGCUCAGAGGCGCUGCCGCCACCAUGGGCAAAUCCAACAGCAAGUUGAAGCCUGAAGUUGUGGAAGAGCUGACCAGGAAAACGUACUUCACAGAGAAGGAGGUGCAGCAGUGGUACAAGGGCUUUAUCAAGGACUGUCCCAGCGGGCAGCUCGAUGCCGCCGGCUUCCAGAAGAUCUAUAAGCAGUUCUUCCCCUUCGGUGACCCAACCAAAUUUGCCACCUUUGUUUUCAAUGUCUUCGAUGAGAACAAAGAUGGGAGGAUCGAGUUUUCGGAGUUCAUCCAGGCGCUGUCGGUCACCUCCCGGGGGACGCUGGAUGAGAAGCUGAGGUGGGCGUUUAAGCUGUACGACUUGGACAACGACGGAUACAUCACGAGGAACGAGAUGCUGGACAUUGUGGAUGCCAUUUAUCAGAUGGUGGGGAACACAGUGGAGCUUCCUGAGGAGGAGAACACACCAGAGAAGAGGGUGGAUCGGAUUUUUGCCAUGAUGGACAAGAAUGCAGACGGGAAGCUGACGCUGCAGGAGUUCCAGGAGGGCUCCAAGGCCGACCCCUCCAUCGUGCAGGCGCUCUCCCUCUACGAUGGGCUCGUAUAGUCCCGGGGCCGAGCGGCGAUGCCUGGGGGAAGAUGCUCUCCGUGCCAUCCGACCACCGCCGUGCGAAGCUUGCCUGUCCCUCCCGGCCUUCCUUUCUGCCCUGCGAGCAAGGAGUGCCCUCAAAGCGCGAGCUCACUCCCCUCUCUGCACUCUGAACCAGCCGCUGCCAUUCGCCAAAUUCCGCUUUUUCCAAACAAUCCCCGCGCCAGACCCCGGUCUGAGCGGCAGCGAACGUCCAAGACCUCAGGGCCGGGGGACGGGCGGAGCAUGGCCGCAGGCAGAGCCCCCUUCGGCCUCCUGGCCCCCUUGGCUCCCUUUUUCCUACUUUUCCGGAUGGGACUGCGGAUGCGCCGGCGGGGUCCUCUCGGGAGCGGCCGGAGAGGAGCCCAAAGGUAGCGGGGCUGCAGCCCCGGGGUGUGCCCGUGCCCGGGGAGCCGAGGCACCGACGGAAUUGGGAACAGAGUCCUGGCGUCACCCACGAUGCCGCUGGCAGCCCGGCUCGGCUCACUAGGGAUAUAUAUUAUAUUAUUUUUAUUUUUUUUUUUUUCUGGUGAGACAGUAUUGUGCUUUUUGGUUUGGUUUUGUUUUGUUGGUUUUUAUUUUUUUUUUAAUUUUUCCCUUCGGUGGAAAAAAGUGAGGCUUUUUUUUAUAUGCCUAUCUCGACGAUCGAUAUCCUUAUUUAUUUGUUGUAAAUGUCGCUGCUGUGUUUUGUCUCUCGUGUGUGUGUCCACCCACCCAGGUGAGGAUUUGUAAGGUUUACAUGCUCGUACACUAUUGCGGGGACCCGGGAGCCUGCAAUAACAAUGAAGCCAAAAAUCUGCCUUCCCCCCUCUCCUCCCACCCCUCGUAUCCCAAGCUCCGUGGGCUGGCUGCUGUUUGGAGGGGAUGCUGUAGCUUCUUUUCCUCUCCCUGUUCCCGUGUUCCCUGCAUUUUUCUGUUCACUCUUCCCUCUGGGAGCUCAGUGAGGGCUCACUCAGCCCAGACUCUGAGCAGACCAAGCUCCAUCCCUCCAUCGGGCAGGGUGA